UUGACCACGUGGGUCAAAGUCCGCGCAGUACUGAACAAAAGUCGUGCUGAAUUUCGUUUCUAUUCAUUCCCGUCACACUUUUGACUCUCCCAACCAGGAAGUAUGGCGAUCGAAGGUAUUCUCGUCAGGUGGAUCUCUUUCGGUCUCGGUUGUUUCUAUUCGACAUUCGUUUUGUUCACUUUAACUCUGGGUUUUGUGAAACACCCUAUCGCAUUUUUCUCCCGCAAGAAACGAGAUGUGAUGCCAUCAGUUCUAAACGACCCGGACUUGGGAACACAUGGCUACGUGCACUUGGAGGAUGUUAGGAUCCACUAUGUUGCCCAGGGAGACGAGACCAAACCGUUGAUGCUGUUUGUGCAUGGGUUUCCAGAGUUCUGGUACUCAUGGCGAUACCAGCUGCGUGAGUUCAAGAAGGAUUACAGGGUUGUGGCCAUUGAUCUGAGAGGCUAUGGUGACUCUGACAAGCCGUCCGGUGUUGACAAUUACCAGAUGUCCAAGAUGGUGGGCGAUCUGAAACAACUCAUCCCAGCUCUAGGCUACAGGUCCUGUGUGCUGGUUUCUCAUGACUGGGGCGGCGCCAUUGCCUGGUCAUUCACUGCCUUCCACCCAGAACUGGUCGACAAGCUGAUCGUGAUGAACUGCCCCCAUCCAGGCAUCUUCCGAAGCUUCAUGCAUAAGAGUUGGACGCAGUUCAGGAAAUCUUGGUACAUGUUCUUCUUCCAAGUUCCAUUUCUCCCUGAGUUGAUGCUGAAAGUAAAUGACAUGAAAUCCCUGGAAAGAAUCUUCACGGGGCGUCAGGGUGGUGUCACCACUGGGAACUGUAGCCCUGACGAUGUAGAAGCCUACAAAUAUGCUUUCUCUAGACCAGGUGCUGCAACAUGUGCCAUUAAUUACUAUCGAGCUACAACUCGGUUCGGUGCCAAAAAGCUGCCGAGGAUCUCCUGCCCGGUGCUGACCAUCUGGGGCUGCAAGGACGUGGCCUUGGAGACUGGCCUUGCUGCUGCUGCUAAUUCCAUCGUAGAGAAUCACUCCGUUAAAUACAUAGAGGAGGCUAGCCACUGGGUCAUGAUGGACACUCCAGAAGAAGUUAAUAAACACAUGAAAGAUUUUCUGAAGUAAAGAUGUGAUGCUGAGGUACAUGGUAGAAAAUGUGUGACAUAUUAUUGAUAUACAAUGAUAAUAUCUGCAGGUAUAGAUAUUCAGAUGCACAGUUGUAUUUUUAUACUCUUGUUUUGUAUUGUAUUAUACGAUAUGUAUGAGGCCAUAUUGCACUCCACCUGCUUCAGAUCUCCAGGAAUCAGAUCCUGUGUUGCUGGUAGCCCAUGACUGGGAAGGGCCAUUGCCCCAGUAUUCACUACCAUGCAGAAUAUAUAUUCCUUAUACAGAUAUACAUGUUUGAUGAAGAAAUCUAAAUCAGUAGAUGUACUUUUUGAAAGACCAGGGUUGACCGUAACUCCCAUACUUUAACAUAGACUUAAGGUAGCCUUAGCGCUAAGGUUGUUUUGUACAACGGCACCCAGUUCAUUAUGUUAAACUUACCUCACCCUUACACAGUGCUUUAGCUUCCCCACCUUAACCGAACACCUUUGAUUUACCUCCCUGCUCUCAUUACUGUUUUUCCAGGUUGCUCAAGGUACUGUUUGGCCUUAGCACCAGACCUUUUCGCCAUUUCUGGGCAAACCAAAAGUUUGGCCCCCCAGCUUGAGACCUAAAUGCGGUUUUAUGUGACAUGUGUGACCAGGAACAAGCUCUGUGCCCUAUCACGAGGACUGCACCAAUAUCUCAAGUGUCCACACAACACCAUCAGUGUCCGUUCAUUCUGGUCUCUGACGGUGUCACCGCUGAAGUGACACUUAACAUCACUUUGGCUCCACUCGGAUAUUCUUCAAGGUUAUUGGUGUGCUGUCCUGUUGCCUCCAGAGUCCCACAAGCCACACCAGAUGUGAGCAUUCUCAUGCAUGAUGGCCCUGCCAAGUUUUCUUAAUAUUCAGACCACUGCUUUGAUCUGAGAGUGCUUGACCAGCACCAUAUCCCCCAGUUCUUUUUGGGGCUGGAGGGAUUCUUGCCUGAUGCUUAUGCAAUGCUUCCUCAGCAUCUCUGGCACUUAUGAUAGUACAUUAUCCAUUUCUGGCACUACUGGGGAAGAACAUGUGGAAAUGAAUGCAGUGUUUCUAUAGUUACCUGAUUCUACACCUUAAAGGACUACCCUUACCUCGUCUGCCUCCAUGCCUUACUGUUCUGGCACCACUGUCCAUGCUACAUCAGCUGCCUACAGCAAAAGACAGGAGAACGGACCAAGGUAGAUAACUCUGGGGUGUUGAGGCACUGACAAGCCUGCUUCGUUUGUAUCUGUUCCAGUACUGUCUGUCUGGUUAAGGUGGGGAAGAUAAAGCACUGUGUGGCGUCAGUAAGAAUAGAAAAGGCAUUGUAUUUAUCCUGUAUUACUCAUUUCUGUUUUGACUGUGUUCAUGAAGCAGCUUUGUAUUAACCGGUGUGUAUCAUAGUUAGUAUUACAUAAGUGCCAUACAAUGAGAAUGGUUGGGGCUGUGAUGAUUCACAACGGUAUCGGUAUAUUCAUGUUAGGCCAUGAUACAGCUGUUUCACAUUUUGUGGGGGCCGUAGGUCUGAUAGGUUCUCUAGUCUUGUAGUCCUGAGACUAACUGUCAACUUGAAGGACGGCUUAUUGUCUUCCAAAAUAUGGUUUCUGUUGAUAUGAGUAAAUGUGAUUGUAUGAGCUGGAUGAACUUGUCCCUUGCCUCCAACUACUGGAAAGAGGACUUUGGUUCAGAGAAAUAUGUGCUUUACAAUAUCAUCCAUGUUGUGACGGCCUUCAGACUCACAGUAUGGGAAUUCCAGUAUGAACAAUGUUGAGAAAAGAUGUGAAGUCAUGUAAGACCUUGUGGUGUUGUGCUUUCCAUGCCUGCAGGCCAGCAGACUAUUUUAUUUAUUUGCGUAUUCAAUAUGACAACUGACCGGUCAGCAAGCUAUAUUCUCUACCAAGCAGGGGUGGAAAUAACCCAUUGCCCGACGUCUGAGUCCAGUGUUUUUUUCUGUCGGGCAAGCAAAUUUGUAUAUCACACUGUACCGGUGUCCAGUUGAUUUCGAAAGUUAAUUAUGUGGUUUAUUUAAACAAUCAACAAGAAAAUGGCCGGUAUAGUGGAAAAAUAAUCAGGUCAAGUGAUUUUACGUGUGCCACUGUACCGGAGUACACUUGCAAUUUUAAAGUUAUUUCCACCCCUGCCAAGUGAUGUUGAUGUCAUUAUGGUUGUUUGAAAGUGUUCAGUUCAUGGUUAGGUUGUGUUGUGUUUUUGAUUGAGUAAAGCUCCUUCAUAUCACAGGUUUGUUUCUUAAGAUCCAUUAUCACGACCGUCUACCUACAGCAACUAUAGUGAACAGUACACAGAGUUGAUCUCGGUCAAUUUAAGUGUUCAUCAUAUUGGAUACUUAUUUCAAUAUGUCACCAUCAAUUAUUUGCACAACACUAGUUAGAAAAAAUUCUGUUUAAAUGGUUACUUGCUUGUUAGAGUGGUGUAGUCCCAACGUAGCUUUAAAGCUUUUCUAUACAGGCCAAAGUCAUUUAUACCUUUUGUUAUUUGCCAAUCAUUCUUGAUUGUUAACUCUUUACAGAUCAUAUAUUAAUUACAUAUUGAUGUGGUUGUGUUUUCAUCUUGUCAUAGGGUUGUAUAUGUCCUUGCUUAAUGAAUGGAAAUCCAGGUGUCUGUGAUCAUCUUUUAAUAUAUCAUUCCUCUGGGAACAAAUUUUGAUUUAUGUUCUCAGGAAUUAAGUUGAAGUCUGGAUGUUUAUAGAAGUGGUUGUGUCAAAAGUUUUGUUGUUUUGUACAAUCAAUAUACCGGUAAUCAGCAUAGAAGCUUACUGUUGCUUUUCAGUCAUACUUAUCAUUUUGUAUGAAGACUAUACAUAGGUUUAAGUUGUCCUCAUAUUGUUUAUGAUUGAAUAGAUAAUAAAUGUAGUUUUAAAAC